AUGAGGGCAGAAUCUAUCGACCUCGGUCACGCCGACGACGGGUUAAGGACACAGUUGCACGAAAGUAUCAGUGCAGAGGAUUUGGGGGAAAGCGUUUACCUGGAGCGUCCUCCAUUUUCUGACUCGUCGGCCGAUUCAGAGAGCGUCGUCUGGCGACCAAGACUUAGAGAAUGGCUUGUUUUGAUUUGCGUCUCCUUCGUGGCAAUGCUAGAUGCAUUUGACGCGACAAUGUUGGUGCCUAUUAUACCGGUCCUGUCAGCUGUGUUCGAACAACCGCUUCGGACCGUUCUUUGGGUGGACACGUCGUACCUCGCCGCCAGGGCAGCAAGUCAGCCAAUCUUCGCCAUGUUGUCUGAAGUUUUUGGUCAAGGACCAAUCUUGAUCGUCGCCGUCGUCAUAGCCAUAGCCGGAACAGGAGUGUGCAGCGGGUCGUUGAGUGUGACUUGCCUUGUUGUAGGCCGACUGGUUCAGGGAACGGGCAAUGGGGGUGCCAUUGCGGUCUCGUCGCUCCUGGUGACCGACCUUAUUCCAUAUCCCCAACGUGUUCGAUUUUCCGACUACAAGUGUCGUGCGUGGGUGCUUGGAGCAAUCCUUGGACCGGUAUCUGGAGGGGUCCUUGCUCGAUACGGGAAUUGGAAUUGGACAUUCUAUUUCAGCUAUAUUUUCUGUGGCCUGAGUCUGUUUGUGGCUCCGUUUGCAAUCGACUUGAAGGAGUGCAAGAGCAUCUCCAGGCGUGCGGCGCGUGAGAUGGAUUGGGUAGGAGCUAUGUUGACUGUGUUGGGGAUUGGGUCACUCUUGGUUGCAUGCAGUUGGGUAGGGCAGCCACAAAACGGAGGGGAGGACUGGCGCAUUCUAGCCACCAGUUGCAUUGGUGGGCUGGCGAUGGUGGUGCUAGUGCUUUAUGAGAGCGUCUGGGUGUCGCGGCCGAUGUUCAAUCUCGGGAUAUUUAGUUCCAUAUCCAAGAUCAUGCUGUAUGUUGGCAGCACAUUUCACGGACUUCUGGUAUUUUGGCACUUGCAGGGCCUGUCUGUGUAUCUCUUCCUCGUCAAAGAGUUUUCCACGCCGUUUAUGGGCGUAAGCAUCAUGACCAUCACCGCUCCUGCUCUCCCAAUCCUCUUUCUCACGGCGAAGCUAGGAAUCGGUAGAUAUCCUUUCCGGCCACGCUGGAUUAUCCGCGCUGGUUGGACUCUUAGUCUUCUCGCCUCAGGUUGUUUUAUCCUAUUAACCGCCGAAACACCGAUGCCGGGGUGGGUAUUCAUCUUCCUUACUACCGGUAUCAGUCAUGCUCUACUCAUCUCAGGAUACAAUCUAUGUUCCCAAACCGAAUCGCCCAUUCGCAAACGAGACGAGGAAGACGGCCGACACACGGCGCGACGGGGCAGAGCUGCUAGCCCUGCCUUUGCCAUUUUGAUGUACUCUAUCCUUAGGGCAUGGGGGAUGUGUAUCGCCGUUCCUGUUGGCGGGUCUAUUGUGCUGACGCAGAUGGUGCAAGAGCUUGAUGCAAGCGGGAGUGCUGCUGAGCCGUCAGGCUCAUUGACCAGGAAAGGUGGGAUAGUCCUGACGCUAGAUAAGAGACAGGAGCUGGGUCAACUGUUUCUGAGCAGUUUUGGUUUCUUGUGGCGGUUUUUCAUGGGCGCGUCUGCUCUGGGGGGGUUGUCCUCCUUGUUGAUCUGA